AAAGCGCCGGCGGCCGGGCCCGGCACACUCCCCCGGCGCCUCCGCCCGCACCCGCGUCCACCCUGCCCCUGGCCGGGCCCGGCUGCCCGCUGUGGAUGAGCCACCGCACCUCCUCCAGCUUCAGAGCCGAGAGAAGCUUCCACUCCUCCUCCUCGGCCUCCUCCGCCGCCCGCGCCCUCCCAGCCCAGGACCCGCCCAUGGAGAAGGCCCUGAGCAUGUUCUCCGAGGACUUUGGCAGCUUCAUGCGGCCCCGCUCGGAGCCCCUGACCUUCCCAGCCCGCACCGGGGGGCCGGGCAACAUCAAGACCCUCGGCGACGCCUAUGAGUUUGCGGUGGACGUGAGCGACUUCUCCCCCGAGGACAUCAUCGUCACCACGUCCAACAACCACAUCGAGGUGCGCGCCGAGAAGCUGGCAGCGGAUGGCACGGUCAUGAACACCUUCGCCCACAAAUGCCAGCUGCCGGAGGACGUGGACCCCACUUCCGUGACCUCAGCCCUGAGGGAGGACGGCAGCCUCACCAUCCGGGCACGGCGACACCCGCACACAGAGCACGUGCAGCAGACCUUCCGGACGGAGAUCAAAAUCUGAGGGCCGCCCCUGCCCCUGCCCCUGCCCCUGCCCUCCCCGACUCCCCCUCCUCCUCCAACUCCCCGCACCCCACCCCCUGGCCUGCCAGAGUCUUCCUAACCCCUCAUAACAGCUGCCAGGACAUCUCAGCCCCGGUCCCAGCUCUGACACCCCCACGGCCCCAGGUGGGUCACCCCCACCCCAAAACAGAGGCCUCUGCUCUGCCAGGACAGGAGGGCUCCCCCUCUCCUUCCAGAUGGCGCCCCCUCUCUCUCAGUGCAGAACACAGGGGUCGGGGUGGGGAAGGAAGCUGAGGAGAGCCAGGGUCUCUGCUCUGGGCACGUCAUCUGCAGGACAGACACCGGGCAGCUCCUCUGCCCCCCGGAGUCUCUGCCGGGCAGGGGGGCGGGAAGGGCCCUGGGACCCCCUUGGCAAGGGGAGCAGGAGAGGCAGGUCCCCAGCGCAGAGGGAGGCCAGGAGACAGCCAGGAUGGGAAACCCAGAACCAGCUGCCUGCCCACCUGGAGCCCCCGGCCAGCCAGCUGUGCCAGGGCAGGGCCACGUGGCGUUUGUGUACCGACGGGGUUUUUCCAAUACAGCCGGUUCGUGACAAACUGUGAAACUCCUGCCAUCUGUCACCUGCCCAUGUCCCCAGGCUGAGGGCUGUGGCGGGUCCUCCCCUGCCCCCGGCCGGGCCUCCCGGGGCUGGGGCUGCCUCCAUGCAGACAGAUCACCCAGCCGGUGGGGGAGAGAGACCAUGGGUGGGGCUGUGGGUCUCCAGGUCAGAGAGUGUCUGGCCAACCAUGGCCACUGCCAGUCCUUCCCCCUCUUCAAGCUACGAAUCUACAGGUGUGGUGUGUGUAUACCGCCCGGGGACACACACACCUGCCGUCCUUCCGAUCCUAAGCGUUACCAUCAGUUGAGUCCAAAUUCAGCACAUUCUAAAGUCAGAGUCAGUCUCCAUAUCCAUCAGGGGGGAAACGGAGUCUCUGAGCAGAUGACUGCCCAACGUGCUCAUGAACAUAGACCCAGGAAGUCCGAGGCUGCUCUCAACGCGCCCCGCACCGCUCCGGGUACCGGGAAGUGGUUCCCCUCUCUGCCUCUCUUGGCCUUUGCCUCUGUGUUCAGAUCCUUCUGCUGGAGGAAGCCCCCAGCCAGGUCCCUCCUGGUCCCCAGGCCGGGGAGGGGCUCAGGCGGCCUGCAUCCCGGGAGCCUCAGCUGCUGGCAAUGACCCUGGCUCCGUCCCCCAUACAAAACCAGGGGGGAGGGGAGGGUGGCUCCCAGUGGAGGGUGGCCUCUCACCCUGCCAUUUUGAGGCUUUUAGGGGGUAGUUCAGGGGGAGAAGGGCAGGGGAGGGUCCUGGCAUUGUACCCUGCACACAUAAUAAAGGACAGAAUCACAGACUUCUGGA